AUGAUGAUGAAUCUGGUCGGCUCUCCUGGCGCCGCUGCCAGCGCGCGCUCACGCGGCGCCUUAAAUGCGCCUUGCGGCGACGGGACACCAUGGUGUCGUCGUGGUAACCUUGCUGUCUCGCGCAAGCGCAACCCCGCUUCUGUUGGACACCACAGUAUCUUCUCUGCCGUCUUCCUCGCUCUGACCUUCGUCGUCUGCUUCUUCACCUCCUCUGCUUCUGCCUUCCAGCUGCCUUUCUUCAACAACCCGAGUCUUGGCACCAAUUCCACCAUGUCUGCCCAGAAGUACAGUCUCCCGCCGCUUCCAUACGCCUACGAUGCCCUCGAACCCGCCAUCUCGGCCCAAAUCAUGGAGCUGCACCACAGCAAGCACCACCAGACGUACAUCACGAACCUGAACGCGGCGCUGUCGUCGCUCGCCGCCGCGUCGGCCGCCGCCGACAUCCCGACCCAGAUCGCCCUGCAACAGGCGCUCCGCUUCCACGGCGGCGGCCACAUCAACCACGCCCUCUUCUGGGAGAACCUCACGCCGCCGACCUCGCCCGAGGCGAAGCUGGACGACGCUGUCGCGCCGCAACUGCGCAAGAAGAUCGUCGAGACGUGGGGCAGCGAGGCCAAGUUCAAGGAGGCGUUUGCGAAGGCGUUGUUGGGGAUUCAGGGGAGUGGGUGGGGGUGGCUUGUUAAGUUUGAGGGGGAGGGUGGUAGGUUGGGGAUCGUGACGACGAAGGACCAGGAUCCGAUCGUCGGGCCCGGCGAGGUGCCGAUAUUUGGCGUCGACAUGUGGGAGCAUGCGUACUAUCUGCAGUACCUCAACGGCAAGGCUGCGUACGUCGAGAAUAUCUGGACCGUCAUCAACUGGAAGACGGCUGAGGAGCGCUUCCUUGGUACCCGCAGCGAUGCGUUCAAGGUCCUGAAGGCUUCCAUUUGA